GGGAGUCGAAGGAUACGCCGCCCACGCGUAUUCAGUUGCGCAUCGGUUGAAAUAUCAGAAACGUGCAGUUAAUUGAACGCUUGUACUCGACGUCGGUAUUCUGUUUCACGGGAAUCAUGAAGCAUUUGUUAAAUGUAUUUUUCAUCUUUAAUCUAUUGGCAAACAUCGCGGCGGACGAGAUCAACUGUCAAAUCAUAAUCGAUUCACAGUAUAAAAAUGAGAUGUUCCGUUGCACGGAACUAACGAAUUUAAAUGCGUUGAACAAAGCGAGAACCAAUACUACGAAUAUAGAGAUUUCGGAUUCGAGAAUAUCUAAUGUUCCCGGGCAUAGUUUCGCAAGAUUCGGCGCGACUCUCGUAACUUUGGAUCUACACGGAUCAGGUAUAGAGACUAUAGAUUCUUUGGCGUUUAUUGGCCUCACAAAAUUAGAGAAUUUACUGUUGUGGGACAACAAAUUGAGAAUCGUGCCUGGUAAUUGGUUUAUGAACAUGUAUAAUUUAAAAACCUUGGAUCUAUCGUUCAAUUACAUCACUGUAAUCGACUACGUCGUAUUCACGCUGCUUCCCAAUUUGGAAAAUUUCUAUUUUGAUUACAAUCAAAUAAAAAUCAUCGAUUACAAUAUGUUCCAACAACUCAGAAACCUUAAAAAUGUGAAGUUCGAGAAGAAUCCGCUGGAUUGGGGAUUUCGUGCUCAGUUAAUAUGGCAAUUGGAAAAUCAGCAUGUAAAAUAUGACGAAGAUUGGGAAAAUUGGGGAUGGAUGAACAAAAUGAUCAAAGAGUGCUCGGAAAAUGUCUAUGAAGGAAUACCGAAAGAUAAGAUUCUCGAUUGUAUCGUUGAAAAGUUACUGAAUUACACGUACGAAAUAUUUUCUACGGAAAUGAUACAACAAAAUGUCGACUGUCUCAUGAAAGCUCGACAGUUGGUACGCUGUAUGAGACCUAAAAAUGUCACGGGAAAUACGGAUAACGAGACUGCGAGAAGUAUACUCGAAGAUUACGCGACGAUUCUACCGGUAAUGUCUAGAUCAAACGCUCGAUUUUCAUCAACAAUUUAGAAAUUCUUGAAUUUAUAAAACAAAUAUUAUAUUAUAUUAUAUGUUAUAUUUAAUUAAAUAAUAAAAUAUCUAUACAUAAAAUUGUAUGUUAUAUGUUACAUACGUUAUAUAUUAUAUAUAUAUAUACAUAUAUGUAUGUAUGUGUAAAUUUAUAAGUAUAUGGAAAUAAUGAGAAGUUGUAUACGAAAAGAAAAUCUCUUUGAAUAUGAUAUGUAUCUAAUUUCUUUUAUAUUUUAAUUUCAAUAAAAUUUAAAAUUAUA